AUGUCCAAAACGCCGACGGAGGAGCGGGACAGCAAGAUGGCGGUGGACUCCUCCAUCACAACGCCCUACGAAGCCACAGCUCUAGGCACGACCGACAAGGUCAGCUUCCGCGACAAGGUCACUCAACUCUCUGCCUAUGUCAGCUCGAGAGACGGUUGGCUGGGCGAUUAUGACUAUUGGUACCUCGUCACGCCGAACAUUCCCCCCUUCAACCGGAAAUACAAGGACCAGGCCAUCCCGUUUUACGGCCUGCAUGACCGGGUUCCCAUCCUUUUGACCAUCAUUCUCGGCCUGCAGCAUGCGCUGAUCAUGAUCGGCUCGAUCGUGUCGCCCCCGCUGGCGGUCGCAUCGGGAGCCUUCCAUCUCGCCCCGGCCCAGAUUUCGUAUCUCGUGUCGGCCGCCUUCAUCACCACGGGCAUUGCCACCGCCAUCCAGGUCACUCGAGUCCAUAUCAAAGGCACGCCAUUCUAUAUCGGCACCGGCCUCUUAUCGGUCGUCGGUCCCACGUUCGAUAUCAUUCCCAUUGCGUUUUCCUACACCAGCAUGCGCUAUAACAAUGGGACGUGUCCAGUCGCCGACGAUGGAACACAACUUCCAUGCCCCGACGCGUGGGGGGCGUUUCUCGGCACCAUGCUCUGCACGGUUUUCAUCCAGAUCCUCAUGUCGCUCGUGCCCCCCCGGCUUCUCAACAAGAUCUUCCCCAAGAUGAUCACCGGGACCCUCUUGCUGCUGGUCGGGGUUUUCUUGAUCAGCAAUGGCAUGCAGAACUGGGGGGGCUCUUCGAAUUGCAACGGCGGCGAUGGCUUCUACGCCUUAUGCCCGAACAUAGCCGCUCCAAAACCGCUCCCUUGGGCGCACCCCAAGCUGAUCGGACUCGGGUUCAGCGUCUUUGUCAGCAUCGUGAUCGUCGAGCAGUUUGGUGCUCCUAUCAUGAAGUCUGCGUCGGUCUUGAUCGGUCUGGCGGUGGGAUGUGCCGUCUCUGGCGCGACGGGCUACUGGUCCAGAGAGAACAUCGACUCGGCCCCCGUGGUCACCUUCCUCUGGGUCCAUACCUUCAAACUGUCGGUCGAUGGAGCUCUCGUUCUCCCAUUGCUCAUCAUGUUCGUCUGCCAGGGUGUGAGCUGUAUGCCGGACAUUCUCGCCACGGCCGAAAUCUCCGAUGUCGAGGUCGAGGGCACGCAUUUUAACAGUCGAAUCCAGGGUGGAAUCCUCUGCGACGGCUUGGGCAGUUUGUUCAGUGCCCUGGGCACGGCUGGGCCCAUGGUUUCACAGGCGGGGAACAACGGCGUCAUUGUUCUGACCGGUUGCGCGUCCCGUCGGGCCGGAUGGGCUGCCUCGGUGUUCCUAGUUCUCAUGGGGUUCUUUGCCAAAUUCGGCGCCGUCUUUUCGGCCAUGCCGCCGUCGGUCCUGGGUGGGAUGCAAGUCUUCCUCUAUGGUACCAUCGUUGUUGCCGGCAUCCGAGUCCUCGGCAUGGUCCAAUUUACCCGACGGAAUCGCUUCAUCCUGACCAUCUCACUCGCCAUUGGAUUUAUGGAUAUCGUCGCCCCGACCUGGUUCAACCAAAUCCUCGAUUACAGUGGUUCGAACUCGCGCCUGCAGGGCUUCGAGCAGGGUCUUAAUUUGGUGGUCGAGACCCCGUUCAUCAUUGCCGCUGUCAUCGGCGUCUUCCUGAAUCUCAUCUUCCCCAUGGACAAGAGCGAGCUGGACGAAAUGCUGUUUGGCGCUGGUUCUGGAAGGGCCAGCGCCACCAUGUCCCUGCCUCAGAUGGAAGAGCAUCAACGAAGUCCAUAG